CAAGAGAAGCACGAGUUAUAACAACAUUUAGAGAGGACUGAGACCUACUUCUACAUACCUACUAGUAGUAGUACCACUUCUUCACAUCUAAUCAUCAUCUUCAACUGUGUCCGAAAAUGAUGAAGGAUCCUGCUACUCCCUCUUCACCCUCGGCUAGAAGACACCAAAUAAAACAUUUUUCUUCCUCAAUGCUGCAACACCACAAAAACGACGAUGAUGACCAUGUGGUCGUUGCGUAUCCGGCUUUUUUGCAUUUCCAGAAUGCGGCUCAGAGGAUACUAAGCCCAGAGCAGUUGGACUCCGUUGGGUUCAGGGCAGGACAAAACUUGGCGAGGUAUUUGCUGAGGAAGAAGGUACUGUGACUGUCCUCUACUUACUUAACUUGAAUAAAGUGUUGAAUUAUUGGGAAUUUUAAAAGAUAAAGAGGCUUUAGUUGUUAGGUUUUCCGAGACAACUUUAAUAUGCACGAAGUAAAGCAAUUCCAAUCCACUUAGUGAUAGACGUAUCAUGUACUUAAUCGAAACUUGCUGCAAAUCCGACUAUAUUACAGGUAAUCAGCGAGCAUCGGGAUGCUUUGAAAUUCUUAUGUCGUGAAAUUUGGAGUUUUUGUUUCGGAAAGCAAGCUGACCGACUACAAGCGAACAGAGACACAGGAGGCUUCGUCAUACAUGAUAAUCUUAUGAUUGGGAGUCUAAGCUCAUAGAAGUUGUAAGUCGCUGUCUUGUGAAGUUAGUACCCACUUCUUUCUCUCACUUCUUGCUCGAUCCCUCUAGAUCCCUUUCCCACAGGUCUCUGCCCACGCCUCUUCUAGCAUCCUCACUACCUCCCCACCUUCAUACGCCAAUUCCGACCAGUUCUACAUGGCGCCAACAGCGUUCACCUGUGGUGCGGUCUCAUUCGUGGUAGCAUUACGUGGCUGAGAGCCGAAUUUGCACUAGGCAACGUCGAUACGGAAGUCUUCGUGCGAGCUGAGAGAAAUACUGCUGUUGGCGCAGUCUUUUAUCUGGAUUUCCUAACAACGACCUCGGUUGUUACCAGGGUGGUCGAGCCUCCGGAGCAGCCGGCAGUAGUUGGGAAUAAUGCCGCCUCUGAUGCGUCUGUGGUCUCACAGCAGGAUGCACAUGACCGAGCGUUAGGGGAGCAAGGGGACUGAAGAUAAUUUACACGUCAGAUUAUUGACGUCUCUACUAAAAUAAAUCUCCUGCAGACGAUGAAAUGAAAAAAAAUCACGCCUCUCCAAUCACAUAUGAUUGUGGCGCCGCAGGGGAUAUCAAGUAGUAAUUCAAGAAUAAAACUCAAACUAUGCGCUCAGAAUCUAUCGGUAUCGAUCGAACGCCAACGCCUUCCUGGCUUACUUUCGGAGAAAACAAUAUCUUAGGUGGUGCUGCAGCGAAAGUUGUAGAUGCCUCUCUGAGAUAAAGACUGAAACUACAAUUGUAAAAGUAUCAAUAUCUUCAUCCAAACACCAUACGACAGGAAGGAAAGGAUAGCG